AUGAGCCGACUGGUAGUGCUCACGCCCGAGUCGUCGCCGGCACGCCUUUCGACCGACUCGAUUGCGCUUCUGGCGUCGCCACCGCGUCGAUCGUGUGGCCGAUGGCGACUUUUGCCCCUCUUUGCCCACGCCCAGGGCACAGCGGCGUCGAGAAGCAUUGGCACCAGCCGUCACGAUGAACCCGACAAGGCCGACGACAGCGCUCACGCGCUCCGACGGAAGCGCAAACUGGUGCUGAGCUUGAUUGCGCUGGCGCUGGUCAUUGUCGCGAUUUCACUCGCAGUGAUUUUCACGCAGGCCAACGGACGGCACACCUCGAACGGCGACCCAGAGAAUAACUUGGGCCUAGUACACACGCUUGCACCGGCGGCUGUCGAGUCGUUCACCUCGACCAUAGCACCGCAGACAUCGACGCCGCCGACAAUUGAAGCGGAUGCCUCACCGUCUCCAGCAAGCGUCGCGUUACCGGUGCCAGAAGCAUCUGCGGCGGCAACAGCGCCACCGUUUACCGUGCCCACGGAAACAAUAGUUGCAACGACCUCUGCCCCUGCACCAACGACAGUCGCGCCAACGACAAUCGCGCCAACGACAGUCGCGCCACCAACCCAACAAACACUACCGUCAACGCCGUCACCAAUCCUCACGCCGACAGAUCCCGGAGCCCCUUCUCCAUCGUCAAUAUCUCAAGCAACUCCAACGUCCACACCGACGCUCACACCGAACCCAACGCCGGGCCCCGCGAUUACCCCUACUACAGUCCCGACGCCGCCGCUGACACCAGAGCCAAGUGCUUCUCCGACUCCAACUCCAACACCACCUUCGAACCCGCCGACGACGCCAGCACCAGCUCCAUCACCGACCGCGGCCCCAACGCCGCCUUCGACCAAAGCACCAACACCAGAGCCUACUGUGUCGCCUACUGCAGCCCCAUCGUCGGCGCAAGGAUCCAUCCGUUUCGUCAACAACUGCGGUGCCAGCAUCAGCCUCUUCUACACUUUUGUCACAUCGAGUGGCAAGAGCGACCACCUCAUCCAAACCGUGAGUGCCGGUGGUACGUUCGAUGUCGUUGGCUCCUCGUUUCAGUCGUCGACGUUUCGAGUCGGGCCGAGUUCCCAGGCCACUUUGCUCGAAGUUUCGCGCAAUGACGGCAAGUUGUGGUACGAUAUCAGCGUCAUUCCGCCGGGGUGCGGCGAUGGUCUGAGCUGGGAUGCGUGCAGUCGAGGCGGCACCGUCACGGGCUACAAUAUGCCGCUCAGCGUGCGCCCGGCGCGGGUUGUGUCGCAAGCCGGCUACAACUGUGUGGAUCUCCAGUGUGCCUCGGAGCAGUGCCCAGAUGCGUAUCUCUUCCCAUCCGACAAUAUCAAGACCAAGAGUUGCAGCGUCGACGAAGUGCUCGUAGCGACGUGGUGCUGA